UUCAUAUGUUCUUUUUCCUUUUUUUUCCUCCCUUCAUUUUAUUGCGAGAACAACGCUUAAGAGUCUCAAGAAUACAUUCCCAGUUUUAGGCGGCAAUCUUUGACCAAGUUUUCAAAGGUGAUCUGUAGUAGCCAUGGCCCGUACCAAGCAGACUGCCCGUAAGUCCACUGGAGGUAAAGCUCCACGUAAGCAGCUGGCCACCAAGGCUGCUCGCAAGAGCGCCCCUUCCACUGGUGGUGUCAAGAAGCCCCAUCGCUACAGGCCGGGUACUGUGGCUCUGCGUGAGAUCCGUCGUUAUCAGAAGUCCACUGAACUGCUGAUCCGCAAGCUGCCCUUCCAGCGUCUGGUGAGGGAAAUUGCCCAGGACUUCAAGACUGACCUGCGUUUCCAGAGCGCAGCCAUCGGAGCUCUGCAGGAGGCCAGCGAGGCCUAUCUGGUGGGUCUGUUUGAGGACACCAAUCUGUGCGCCAUCCACGCCAAGCGUGUCACCAUCAUGCCAAAAGACAUCCAGCUGGCACGUCGCAUCCGCGGAGAGCCUGUAGUAGCCAUGGCCCGUACCAAGCAGACUGCCCGUAAGUCCACUGGAGGUAAAGCUCCACGUAAGCAGCUGGCCACUAAGGCUGCUCGCAAGAGCGCUCCUUCCACUGGUGGUGUCAAGAAGCCCCAUCGCUACAGGCCGGGUACUGUGGCUCUGCGUGAGAUCCGUCGUUAUCAGAAGUCCACUGAGCUGCUGAUCCGCAAGCUGCCCUUCCAGCGUCUGGUGAGGGAAAUUGCCCAGGACUUCAAGACUGACCUGCGUUUCCAGAGCGCAGCCAUCGGAGCUCUGCAGGAGGCCAGCGAGGCCUAUCUGGUGGGUCUGUUUGAGGACACCAAUCUGUGCGCCAUCCACGCCAAGCGUGUCACCAUCAUGCCCAAAGACAUCCAGCUGGCACGUCGCAUCCGCGGAGAGCGUGCUUAAAUGCUCUCGUUCUCCCUCUUGGUCUUUCUCCUUCUCACCUUUUCCUGUCCUUCCUUCACCUUUCUGCCUCUCCAUCCCUCUGCCCCUCUCCUGCCGUCCCUCCCUCCCUCCCUCCCUCCCUGUGUUAGUAGUGUGUAGAGGAAAACUGAUUAUAUUAUAAUUAAAGUGUAUAGUCGUGUUUUUCUUAGUGCUCUCGGCAGCAGACUUCUAGGGUACUCUCUUUUUGUGCAUGUACCAAAUCUUUGGUGAUGAGAUCUCCUCAAGCACACAUAUUCUGGUUUGCACUGUUUCUAACAGGCUCUGUGAGAGAGUGGGUAACAUGGAUAAAGUGAGGAGAGAAACAGACUAGAACAAUGCAAACGUGGGAGGGACAAGCAGGAGGACAGGAUGGCUGUUUUUUUUCUGCUGGGGGGACUCUGGUCUCCUUUCUGCAGCAGGGUGCUAGAAGAACUUGUCUGGUCCUCUCGUCCUGCUUCCUGUCCUGCCAGCCUCCGCUCAGCAGCAGUUUGUUUCUGCUCCGGAGAGCUGAGCCUGGACUUGGUGUCCUGUGUGUCUGCGUGAGUGUUGGCUCUGAUCACCACAGCAAAUUGUAUACAGUCUAUCAGCAUCUUGGGGAAGUAGUUCUAUGAUUACCAUACGGCUCAUUGCUGUUAUUCAUUGUGUUGGGUUUUGUCUUUCCAAAUAAGUCUCACACUUGUGAUUUUUUUUGUUUUGUUUUGUUUUUUUUAUUUUGUUUUGUUUUAUUUUAUUUUUGAAACUAUUUGACACAGAGUUGGGGGGAUGAAACAGAUUCAAACAAAAACAAAUACAGAAAGCAGAUUUGAAAUAUUUUUUUCUACUGAAAUGUGAUGCUACUGACUCUCAAUGACACCAAAGUUUGAUCCUCUUGUACACACUCUUAUAGAGUUUAACCUCAUCUGUCUGUUUGUUGUGUUCAAAUUGGGUUCUUCUAAUUAUUUAAAACCAAAGCUUAUGAGCUCAAAUGGUGUCAGAGAUACUUUUUUAGCAGUGGCACGUUUUUUAAUACCAAGACCUUUUUAUAGCAAAGGCUCAUCAAGGUUUGUAACAUUCUGUAAAAUCAAAAGUUCUCAAAGUGUAAAAAUGAUUUUUUAAGAAAAUAAUACAACUGAUUAAAAUGUGAAGGAUAUUCUGAAUCAGCAUUGAAUGACUAAUAAUAGUCAUUUUUUUUCUGUAUACGUCCCCCCUGUACUUUUAUUUUCUUCACUCUGGAUCAAUUGAUCAUCCGUAUACCGCUUCUCAGGUUGACUUGUCACCCCUUUUAACUUAAAUUUGUUUUUUGCUUUAUUUGAGUUUCUUUUUUUUAAAUGUUGAAGAUAAUGUUUCAAUUAAACAAUGUUUGUAAUUUCCAGAUUUGUCAUAUAAGGUGGUAAUAAAUGGAUGUUACACACAC